AUGGAAGCUCCAACCAUAGAAGCUAACGGGAAGUCCUCUCCCCCGGCUACCUCAGAGCCACCACAAAUCCAAGUUAAAGAAACGGAUGGAUCUACUCCUUUGACAAUUGAAACCCACGGGGACGUGGUAGAGGGUAACCGGAAUACCCAGAAUGCCCAGAGCCCAAAUGAGAAGAAAAGAAAGCUCACUGAGAGCGAACAACAGCAAGACAAGGCGAAACAACAGGAGCAUCAACCGCGCUCUAAACGACGGAGACAGGAAGAACGUCUACAAAGGAAUAGAAAACGAGGAAAGACACCGCCAUCUGCUUAUUCUCGCCGCGAUGUCCCCGUACCUGAAACGAGACGAUCCCCUUCGCCGAUUAGGCGCACUCCCUCCCCCGAUGCGCCAGUUCGACAGCGCAAGAGGCCCGGUGGAGGUGCAAGGAUAAACACCGCAAACAUGGAAGCUCUUAGGAGAAGGCAAGAGGAAAGAGACCGCCAACAGCAAGCUGAAGCUGAACAAGUUGCACAUGCUCGUGGGGUUCAUGAUGUGGUGAGGCAGCAUUAUAAUGCUGUCCCUGAACGUGGGCGAGAAUGGCGGAAAACAGAGAGCAAGAUCAAGGGUCUCCGUAGCUUCAACAACUGGAUCAAAAGCUCACUUAUCCAGAAAUUUUCCCCAAGUGAAGACUUCUUAGCCAGGCAUAAUGACAGGGAUUUGGCUGGUUCCGCUUCUGUAGCGCCAGACGAAGAGAAACCUCUCUUGAUUGUUGACCUCGGAUGUGGCAAAGGUGGUGACCUUGGUAAAUGGCAACAGGCACCUCAACCUGUGGAGCUUUAUGUUGGCCUGGACCCGGCAGAGAUCUCCCUUGAUCAGGCGCGGGAACGAUACAUGCAAAUGAAGAAUCAACGAGGUCGGGGACGCCGAGGAAACCUGAUCUUUCACGCUCAAUUUACACCAAAAGAUUGCUUCGGCGAAUCACUUGCGGAUGUCCCUAUAAUCCAACGAGUUGGAAUUGAUGAGUCCGUUGGCCCUGGAGGUUCAAUGAUGAGCUCUCGCUGGGGUGGAGGGGGGUUCGACGUUGUAGUGUCGAUGUUCACGAUGCAUUACGCUUUUGAAAACGAGGUCAAGACCAGACAGAUGCUUAAAAAUGUGGCUGGAUUACUCAAAAAGGGAGGUCGAUUCAUUGGGGUCGGUCCUAACUCAGACGUAAUUAGCGCAAAAGUUGUGGAGGCUCAUAAAAAGCGCAAACAAAAGGAAGAAGACGUGAAGAAGAAAGCGACUGAGGAGCCGGAGGAUGGGGAGGUAGAGGAUAGUACGGAUGUGGUUGAAUGGGGGAACAGCAUCUACCGUGUGAAAUUUCCAGGAAAGACUCCAGAGGACGGAGUUUUCCGUCCUGCAUUCGGCUGGAAGUAUUUCUACUUUAUGGAGGAGGCGGUCGAGGAAAUCCCCGAAUACGUUGUGCCAUGGGAGGCAUUCCGAGCGUAG